GCAAGAAGCAAAAAUAAUAUUAAACUGUAAACUUUUGGAAAAUGCGUAGAAAAGCUACGCAGCAUGGGCUGCUGUUGCUCUGCCUGUGCGCAACAGCAGCAUGGGGACACAUACGCAUCGAGGCUCCUGAAGUUCAUGUGGCACCCAGCUACAAGCCGGCGUUUGUGCGAUCCGCCGUGGAAAGCAUGCCAGUGGAGGAUGAGGAGACAGCUGGUCCACUGAGUCGGCUUAGUAUGCGACCAACAUUCGGCGAGAUGUUUCUGCCGCUGCGCAGCGCUGUCGAGAGUGUGCCCAGCUUGAAUGAGCGUGGUGUGGCACAAUUGAGAGAGUCAUCGCCAUUGCGCUCUUUUGUGCGUGACUCUGUGGAAGCGCAGCCCAGCGAUGAUGAUGAUGAUGAUGAGGAAUACGAGACCGAAUCGUAUGCUAGUUAUGUGCGCGAGGCAGCAGAGCAGGAGCAUGAGAUGCCUUUGACGCAGCUGGUGGAGCCGGAUGCUUGGUCUGUGUCAGACAAGUAUGCCGCUUUUAUAGCACCUGGUGCCGCGGAGGAGUACAGGCCACAGCCUUAUCGCAGCGGAUCACCACAUCAGCAGUUGCUCAAGGCGGUGGACAUAGAGCAGCUGGAGCAUAUUGAUGAGCUAGACGAUUUUACUGAGCAGCACUCUUAUGGUGCACUGGCGCAGGCAAAUCUCUCGUGGCAUGAGCAGCCGUAUGGCGCGCUCUCCCAGGUGAAACUGCAGAGCAACAAAGCACCCAAGGUGCUUUGCUACAUGUCCAACUGGGCGUUCUAUCGCAAAGGCGAUGCACACUUUGCUCCCGAGCAGCUGGAUGCUGGACUUUGCUCAGCUAUCAUUUACUCCUUUGCCUCGCUGGAUCCGGAUCAUUUGACCAUACGCGAGUUUGAUCCCUGGGUGGAUAUUGAGAACCAAUACUACAAGCGCGCCAUAGCACUGGGCGUGCCUGUGCUCAUUGCCAUGGGCGGCUGGACCGACUCUAGUGGCGAUAAGUACUCGCGCCUGGCUGGCGAUGAAAUCAAACGCAAGGUGUUUGCCUCCAGCGCUGCAAGCUUUUUGCAGCGUCAUGGAUUCAGCGGUCUGCACUUGGACUGGAACUAUCCCAAAUGCUGGCAAAGCGACUGCUCCAAGGGCCCCGCCAGCGACAAGCCCAAUCUAACCAAGCUGCUGCAAACGCUGCGUGUGGAGCUGCAACGCGUCAAUCCUCAAAUGCAACUGGGCGUGGCUGUAUCCGGCUACAAAGAGAUCAUUAGCGAGGCUUAUGACCUAGCCGCGCUCUCUGACGUUGUUGAUUAUCUGACCGUCAUGAGCUAUGAUUACCACGGCGCCUGGGAGCGUCAGACAGGUCAUGUGAGUCCGCUCUAUGGACGCGCGCAGGACAAGUAUCCGCAGUACAAUACGGACUAUACCAUGCAGCUGCUGCUGAAGCUGGGCGCACGCCGCGAGAAGCUUAUCAUGGGCAUACCCUUCUAUGGACAGAGCUUUACGCUGGAGCAGAGCAGUCAGCGCCUGUUGGGUGAGGGCGUGCCCGCCAGCGGACCCGGCGAGGCGGGCGAGCUAACCAAGCAGCCUGGCAUGCUGGCCUACUAUGAAGUCUGCCAGCGCAUACGCAAGCUCAAGUGGCAAACUGGACGCGAUGCAGAGCGCAAGUCGGGACCGUAUGCAAUGCUGCGCGAUCAGUGGGUGGGCUAUGAGGAUACCACCAGUGUCGAGGCCAAGGCACGCUAUGCGCUUAACAAUGAAUUUGGUGGCAUUGCCGCUUGGACUGUGGAUCUAGAUGAUUUCCAGAAUCGUUGCUGCAGUGAAGCGUAUCCACUGCUCAAGUCUAUCAAUCGCGCUUUAGGGCGUCUGCACACGGAGCCGCCCACGCGCAGCAACUGCCAGCGGCCGCCAAUGCCAGUGACUCCCGUGCCGCCACAGAUGACAACGAUUAGCAGCGAUGGCUCCUUAGGCGGUGGCACUCAGCAUCAGCAUUCGACCACCGCCUGGCCCAGCUGGGAUGCAACCAGCAGCAGCACAACGCGCAGGACGACAACAACUACAACAACAACCACUACGCGCAGACCCACAACUACACGCAGACCCACCACUAGCACUACAAGCACACCCGCCUGGUGGACUUCAACAACAACUACGCGCAGACCCAGCACGAUUAAGCCGAAGCCCAAGCCGAAGCCUAAGCCUACAAAGACAACAGCGCGUCCUGCCCACACCACCAUACCCGUGCCCGCUUUGGUGUAUCCUGUAGUGCAGGCAGGCAGCUGUGAGCCUGGACAGUUCUAUGCCGAUCCAAAGAACUGCAAUUCUUAUUACCAUUGCGUCAUAGCGGGUGAGCUGCAUCAGCAGUACUGCCCAGGUGGACUACACUGGAACAACGAUGUCAAGGGCUGCGAUUGGCCCGCUAAUGCGCAAUGCUCAGUGCGCCAGCAUUCAACUACCACUGUGAGAUCCACAGCCAGACCCAGCAGCUCCACCAGCAUGAGAUCCACAGCAAGACCCAGCAGCACUACAACGAUGCGACCUACAGCGAGACCCAGCAGCACUACAACCAAGCGGCCUAGAAAAACUACACCAGCCAGCAAGCCAAGUCGCAAGCCCAGCAAGAAGCCCAUUGCGUCCGGCAGCACCACACGACGACCACGCCCACCUAGCUCGGCACGUUGCAACGAAGGCGAGUACUACACGCAUCGCAAUUGCGGCAAAUAUUACAUUUGUGUCAAUGGAGCGCUGGUGCCCAGCGAGUGCGGCGGAGAUCUGCACUGGGAUGCCAUCAAGAAGACCUGCGACUGGCCGGAAAAUGUGCAGUGCCUGACCAGCAAGAAGUAUUUGAGGAUUAUACAGUCGCGUGCCAACAACGAGGAGGAUCCCUGCAAUGGCGAGGAGCGCGUGCCCUAUCCGGGUGACUGCAGCAAGUAUUUGUUCUGUCUGUGGAAUCGACUACAAGCGGCAGACUGUGCGCCUGGACUGCACUACAAUGAGCAACUGGGCAACUGCGAUUGGCCAGCGAAUGCAAUGUGCAAGGAGUCGGGAACUGCAGGCUCCGCUAACAAGCCCAAGCCAACGCCUCCCGCAGCUGCCAAGCCCGUGCCCACAACACAGCGUCCCAGCACCACACCCCGACCCACUUAUCCCACCGAUAAGCCACAAUUGCAGCCGCUGGAUGGUUACUACAAGGUCGUAUGCUACUUUACCAACUGGGCUUGGUAUCGCAAGGGCUUGGGUCGCUAUACGCCCGAUGACAUUAACACCGAUCUCUGCACGCAUGUGGUCUACGGCUUUGCCGUGCUGGACUACAGCGAGUUAACGCUACGCACUCACGACUCCUGGGCAGAUAUUGACAACAAUUUCUACACACGCGUCAGCGGCUUAAAGAGCAAGGGCGUCAAGGUCAGUCUUGCGCUGGGCGGCUGGAACGACUCGCAGGGCGACAAGUACUCGCGACUGGUCCGAAGCGCCGCCGCUCGUGCCAAGUUUAUACGCCACGCUCUGGACUUUAUAGAGAAGUACGGCUUUGAGGGUCUCGAUCUGGACUGGGAGUAUCCUGUCUGCUGGCAGACAGAGUGCAACAAAGGAUUCGAGGAUGAAAAGCAAGGCUUUACCGACUGGGUGCGUGAGCUCUCCGAUGCGUUCAAACCACGCGGCCUGCUGCUCUCCACUGCAGUCUCGCCCAGCAAGAAGAUUAUCGAUGCGGGCUACGAUGUGCCACAGCUGGCGCACUACUUUGACUGGAUUGCCGUCAUGACGUACGAUUUCCAUGGCCAGUGGGAUAAGAAGACUGGCCAUGUGGCGCCAUUGUAUCACCAUCCGGAUGAUGACUAUGAUUACUUCAAUGCGAACUACUCGCUCAACUAUUGGAUAGCUCAAGGCGCGCCCUCGCGCAAGAUUGUCAUGGGCAUGCCGCUGUAUGGUCAGUCGUUUACGCUGGAGAAUGCCAACAAUCAUGGACUCAAUGCCAAGGCACCUGCUGGUGGUCAAGCGGGUGAAUUUACCAAAGCCUCAGGCUUCCUUGCAUACUACGAGAUUUGCGAGCGUAUAAAGAAUCAAGGCUGGCAGGUGGUGCAGGAUGAGCGUGGACGCAUGGGUCCAUAUGCGUACAAGGGCACUCAAUGGGUUUCUUACGAUGAUCCGGAAAUGAUACGCAAAAAGUCACAACUGGUGCGUGCUUUGGAUUUGGGCGGUGGCAUGGUCUGGGCUUUGGAUCUGGAUGAUUUCCGCAAUCGUUGUGGCGAUGGCGUGCAUCCCUUGCUGCGUGAAAUCCAUGCAGUGCUAAAGGAUCCACCAACUGGCUACGAACCCACACCUGGUUUGAUACCUGCUGAGAUCGAAUCUGUGGAGGAACAGGCAAUUUCCGAGGAGGUUGCAGCUGUAUCUGUGGAAAGCGAAGCUGGACAAAGCUCACAGGAAGCUGCAGCGCCUGAGAGCAGCGAGCAAUCCGAAAAUGCAGGUGGCGAGGAGCCAGAGGAAGAGCAAGAGCAAGUUGAAGUUGAAGCUGAAGCUGAACAGCCCAGCUCGCAGGAGUCCAGCAAUGAGGCAGCAUCAGCGCAAGACAGCAACGAAUCCUCACAAGAAAACCAAGUGGAUCCCAAUGGCGAUGUUGAGGAGGGAGACUUUGAUAUGGAAGAAAGCUAUCCAGGCACUGGCAACAACAUGGACUACAAGGUAGUCUGCUAUUUCACCAACUGGGCGUGGUAUCGCCAAGGCGGUGGCAAGUUUGUGCCCGAGGAUAUCGACGCGGAUCUCUGCACGCACAUAGUCUAUGGAUUUGCAGUGCUCAAUCGUGACCGGUUGACCAUACAGCCGCAUGACACUUGGGCGGAUCUGGACAACAAGUUCUACGAGCGUGUGGUGGCCUACAAGCAAAAGGGCGUCAAGGUGACCAUGGCCAUUGGCGGCUGGAACGACUCGGCGGGCGACAAGUACUCGCGACUGGUCAGAAGCGCUGCCGCACGCGCCAAGUUUAUACGCCACGUCAUGGACUUUAUAGAGAAGUACGGCUUUGAUGGUCUCGACUUGGAUUGGGAGUAUCCAGUGUGCUGGCAGGUGGACUGCAAGAAGGGUACGUCAGAUGAGAAGGAAGGCUUUACGGAUCUGGUGCGCGAACUGUCGCAGGCCUUCAAACCACGUGGACUGCUGCUCUCCGCUGCCGUCUCGCCCAACAAGAAGGUCAUCGAUGCGGGCUAUGAUGUGCCACAGCUGUCGCGCUACUUUGACUGGAUUGCUGUGAUGACCUAUGACUACCAUGGACAGUGGGACAAGCGCACUGGCCAUGUGGCGCCUAUGUACGAUCAUCCAGAGGGCACGGAAUUCUUUAAUUCCAACUACACCAUCAACUAUUGGCUGCAAAACGGCGCUGAUCGCCGCAAGCUCAUCAUGGGCAUGCCCAUGUACGGUCAAUCCUUCUCGCUGGCACAGUCCAGCGAUCAUCAGCUAAAUGCACCAACCUAUGGCGGCGGUGAGGCGGGCGAGGCAACACGUGCGCGUGGCUUCCUGGCCUACUAUGAGAUAUGCUCCUACAUACAGAAACGCGGCUGGAGCGUAGUACGCGAUGCUCGUGGACGCAUGGGUCCGUUUGCAUACUCGCGUGAUCAGUGGGUGUCCUUUGAUGAUGCGCCCAUGAUACGGCACAAGAGCGAGUAUGUCAAGGCCAUGGGCUUGGGUGGUGCCAUGAUCUGGGCACUUGACUUGGAUGACUUCAAAAACGACUGCGGCUGCGAGUCCUAUCCGCUGCUCAAGACCAUUAAUCGCGUGCUGCGUGGCUAUGCCGGACCACAUCCCAAGUGUGCGCUAGAGAAGAGCGAAAAAACAAUGAUUGCUAACGAACCGGAUAAGCCCAAGCCCACUGUAAACACUGUAACCACGCGCAGGCCUACGACGAGCAUGGCUACAUCACGUCCGGAAGCUGAGGCUCCACUGGACUGCAAGGGACGCAAUUAUGCAGCACAUGAGCGCGACUGCAACAAGUACUACAUCUGUCAGUAUGGCGAGCUCUUUGAGCAGCGCUGUCCCGCUGGACUACACUGGAACGAGAACUACUGCGACUGGCCAAACAAUGCGCGCUGCACAGUGCGCAUGGAUCAAACUACGCAGCCACCAAUUGUGCACAGACCCAAACCCACAGCCAGCAUUGCUGCCAAGCCCACAAAGAAACCCAUCACGCCGCCUAAUAAGAAGCCCAUAGCACGCCCAAAACCAACGCCUGCGCCGCCUGCUUUGGGCAGCUCGGAGCAGUACAAGGUUGUGUGCUACUUCACCAACUGGGCAUGGUAUCGUCCCGGCCAGGGCAAGUAUGUGCCUGAGGACAUUGAUGAGAAUCUUUGCACGCACAUUGUCUACGGAUUUGCCGUGCUGAACAGCAACUCGCUCACUAUUAAGACACACGACUCCUGGGCGGACAUUGACAAUCGCUUCUAUGAGCGUGUAGUUGCCUUUAAGGAGAAGGGUCUGCGCGUCACCGUUGCCAUUGGUGGCUGGAACGAUUCACUGGGCAGCAAGUAUGCGCGUCUGGUGUUGGAUCCUCAGGCACGCGCGCGUUUCAUUGAAAGCGUGCUCACCUUUAUUGAAAAGUAUGGCUUUGAGGGUCUGGACUUGGACUGGGAGUAUCCAGUGUGCUGGCAAGUGGACUGCAGCAAGGGUUCAGCUGCUGAGAAGAAAGGAUUUGCCGCAUUGGUGCGUGAGCUCUCGCAAGCCUUCAAGCCACGCGGACUGCUGCUCUCCGCUGCAGUCUCACCCAGCAAAAUGGUUAUUGAUGCGGGCUAUGAUGUGCCACAGCUGUCGCGCUACUUUGAUUGGAUUGCUGUCAUGACGUACGACUUCCAUGGACACUGGGACAAGCAGACUGGUCAUGUUGCGCCACUCUACUAUGUGGAGGGCGAUACGAAUCCCUACUUUAACGCCAACUACAGCAUAAACUACUGGCUGGAUAAGGGCACGCCUGCCAGCAAGCUGAUCAUGGGCAUGCCCAUGUACGGUCAAUCCUUCUCACUUGCCGAUCAGAACUCGCGUUCGCUCAACGACAAGUCAAUUGGACCCGGCCAGGCGGGCACUUAUACGCGCGCUGGCGGCUUCUUGGCCUACUACGAGAUCUGCGAAAAGAUCAGCAACGGCGGCUGGACUGUGGUGCGUGACGACGAGCAGCGCAUUGGUCCCUACGCCUACAGUGGCAAUCAGUGGGUCUCCUACGAUGACGUAGCUGAUAUACGUCGUAAAGCACAGUUUGUGCGCAGAUUGCGUCUAGGCGGCGGCAUGGUUUGGGCUCUCGACUUGGAUGAUUACCGUGGACGCUGCGGUUGUGGCAAGCAUCCGCUGCUGCGCACGCUCAACCAGGAGCUGCGUGGCAUUCCCGGACAGCGUGCUAAUGACUGCACAUAAUCUACGACUGAUUAUCCACCUACAUAUUAACAGUAUAUAGUAACAUUCAUAUGAUUGUAUAGAUGUAUACUUAUCUACUGGUUAUGGCCCAUUUACUUGCUGCAGACUAGGCUCGCAAUCUGUUCUCAAGAUUUUUGCCUAUUAGUUGUAAGCACACUCCCACAAGCAAUAAAACAUAAUUUAAUUUUAAA